AUGACCCUGACCUGGAGCAUCUUUCUCGAUGAAAACGAGAACGAAGACGAAGAUUGUGUCCUUCGGUGUCAAGAGCGUCGAUUUUCUCAAAGUAACUUUGCUUCUCAUCCUACUGUUCUAGAAUACUUGAAACGCUGCUCGGAUCCGGUAAUUGUGUUUCCUUCGACCAGCGCUGGGGCAGGAGGAGGAGGAGGAGGCGGAAGUUCCGGGGGAGCUUUCGGGAGCAGUGGCCUGCAGCACUGUAUCCUCAGCCGGCCGCCGAAUCAACCGAUGCAAUAUCCAUACGAUGACGAUUUUAUGUAUGACGUUUCACUGCAACUGGAUGCUGAGCGGCACGGCGAUCUGGACUCAAUAGUGCCUGAACAUAGGAGAAGACAUAAGCAUAAGCAUCAUCAUCAUCGACACUGUAAGAAAAAAAGACACAAGAAAAGGAAAAUCCUAGUCCAUGAUUUGGACGACCGAAGUGUAAAGGUUAUAGACCCCGACGAUCUUCCGAAGCGCGCGCGAUGGACAAUCAUAGCGACAGCUUUCCUACUGCUGAUAAUGUGCCUAUUCCUGGUCGGAAUCACUCUGAGGAUGGCUCCCAUCAUCGACGAUAUGGUUCGUCAGGAAAAUGAACGUCUCAUGCGGGAGUCCCUGGACCGGGCCAAGAUGAUUAAGAACUACACCGAGUACCAGCGGAUGAUUGGUGGCGGCAAUGACGGUGAAAUUCCAUAACGAUUUAUGCCCGUUUCCCAACACCGCCACCAUCACUGGCGACCUAGGGCGGUUUCCGGUUGCUCCAAGCGUCGUCGUCGUCGUCGUCGUCGUUGCCUUCAUCCGGUCAGGACACAUCAGGGUUCAGGUCGAUUUGGCCACUCUCGCCACACCCAUUCGGUACAGUUAGUGGUCACAACGUGGUGGUCAGUGCUUUUCGCCUUCAUCGCAAUCACAAUGAUCGCUGGCCAGAAACAAACCACACGAUGGCAACCAUUCGUCCAAAUUACAUUACCAUCUGGCCAGGUUUGCCGAAUGAUGAUGAUGAUGAUCCUCCGAUGGAUGUUGCUGCUGUGAUGUCAGUUCCCGGUAUUCUGUCGAAUCAACGAACCAUCAACAUCAACGGAACUCAUCGAAAUGCUCUGACAACCGGAUAUCCGCGGGAAUGUGAAAGCAUGCAACCCCAGACAGUAAAAAGCAAAAAAAAACAAAAACACGCACACACAUGUUGUACUUUAUGGUUGGCCUAACUUGAUCCGUUUCCAUUGAAUUUUUUUUGUUCGUUCCAUCAAUGGGAAAUUUAACGUUCACCCUACAAGAUCCGAAACCAAGAGCUCACGUGUUGUGGGCUCCGA